UUUUAAUUCUGGAAUGUAUGAAAAACACCCUUUAGUUCAAAAUCUCCAUUCACCAUAUCCUUGGUAUACUCGUUGCUGGUAUUCAAACAACUUCAAAUACAGUCAUUUCUAUGGAGGAACAAUUGAAUACCCGUACAGUCGUUAUCCCCUAAAGGAUCUUUACAAAAGCCCUUGGUUGGAUAGACCAUAUCAUUACAAUCAACAGACGGAUUGGUAUCGGUAA